AUGUGUAGUUUACGCAAUUUAUUUACUCCUCUACUCGCUGUAUUACUACUUCAGUCAUUAGUAGUUGCGGUCUCUGCUCAGGGAUCUGCUAGUCCCUGGCAAACACUUAGCGGAAAUCCCCCUUUGGUUGUAGCACGUGGUGGGUUUUCAGGAUUAUUUCCAGAUUCUAGCUCAGAUGCUUUCCAGUUUGCAAUGAUUACAAGUGUGCCGGAUGUUGUCCUAUGGUGUGAUGUGCAGUUGACUAAAGAUGGUGUGGGGAUUUGCGCUCCUGAUCUGAAGCUUGAAAAUUCUACUAACAUUGCACGAGUUUUGAAAAAUAAGGACAAGCGGUAUCUAGUUAAUGGCGUUCCUACCCAUGGAUGGUUCACAGUGGAUUUCACUGUCAAUGAUUUGUCACUCGUAUCCUUGACUCAGGGAAUCUAUUCUCGAAGUGAAAGGUUUGAUGGCAUUUUUCCCAUCCAAACUGUUCAGGAUGUGGCUAGCUUAAAACCACCAGGCUUAUGGUUGAAUAUUCAGCAUGAUGCAUUCUUCACACAGCACAAUUUGAGUAUGAGACUCUAUGUACUUUCUCUAUCAAGAAGUGUUGUCAUUAAUCAUCUCUCUUCACCAGAUGCGGGUUUCUUGAGAAGUAUUGUUCCGAGAUUCAACCUAAAUAUAACAAAACUGGUCUUUCGGUUUCUUGAACCAAAUGUCAUCGAACCAUCAACAAAUCAGACGUACAGUUCUCUCUUAAAGAACUUGACGUUCAUCAAGAGAUUUGCAUCUGGAAUUCUUAUCCCUAAGUAUUAUGUAUGGCCUGUAGAUGCACGUAAUUACUUACAACCUCAUACUUCUAUUGUCUCGGAUGCACACAAGGCAGGGCUAGAGGUUUUCGUAUCAGAUUUUUACAAUGACAUUCCACUGAGUUAUAAUUACAGUUAUGAUCCUAUAACUGAGUAUCUCAAUUUUGUUGACAAUGGUGACUUCUCUGUUGAUGGUGUGCUAUCUGACUUCCCGAUAACUCCAUCUGCUGCUGUGGGCAAGAAUGCUUCAGUGCAAGUACUUACCGUUUCCUUUCUCCUUGCUCAUGGUUCAGUGCCCCUUUUGGUCAUCUCAAAAAAUGGUGCAAGUGGAGAUCGCCCUGGUUGCACUGAUUUGGCAUACCAGAAAGCUAUUUCAGAUGGUGCAGAUGUUAUUGAUUGUCCUGUUCAAAUAUCAAAGGACGGGAUACCAUUUUGCUUAGGCUCCAUAAAUCUUAUUGAAAGUACAAAAGUUGCUCAAACAAGUUAUUACAGUCGUUCACAGAUUAUUCCAGAGAUUAAGGUGGGCAGUGGAAUAUUCACCUUUAGCUUGACAUGGAAUGAGAUUCAGACCUUAACUCCGGUGAUAUCCAAUCCAUUUUCAAAAUUCCAAUUGUCAAGGAAUCCGAAUUUCAGAAAUUCAGGAAAUUUUGUAACAUUGUCUGAUUUCUUAGCAUUGGCAAAGAAUACUAGCUCUCUUUCCGGUGUCUUGAUCAGCAUUGAGAAUGCAGCCUAUCUUAUAGAGAAGCAGGGAGUGCCCAUUACUGCCACAGUACUUGAUGUCUUGAGCAAAGCUGGUUUUGAUAGUCCAACUUCUAAGAAAGUUAUGAUCGAGUCCACUAACAGCUCAGUUCUGAUGAAGUUUAGGGACAAAACCAAUUAUGAGCUCGUGUACAGGGUUGAUGAGGAUAUUCGAGACACUCAAGAUGCAGCACUGAAGGACAUCAAGAACUUUGCUGAUUCUGUGAUCAUCAGCAAGAUCUCUGUCUUUCCUGAAAGUGAUUCAUUCCUCACAGGUGUUACAAAUGUUGUGCGAAAGCUACUAUCCCAGGGGCUGUCAGUUUAUGUGGAAACCUUCAGCAAUGAGUUUGUAUCGCAAGCAUGGGACUUCUUCUCAGAUUCAACUGUUGAAAUUAACUCCUAUGCCUCGGGAGUCAACAUAAGCGGUGUUAUUACAGAUUUCCCUCUGACAUCUGCCAGAUACAGGAGGAACCGAUGCUUGGGCAGUGGUUUGCCUUACAUGAGCCCUGCUCAGCCUGGCAGUCUCAUUCAACUAAUCACACCUUCUGCCAUGCCCCCAGCUGAGCCUCCAAACCCAGUGUUAACUGUAUCUGAUGUCUCAGAGGCACCUUUGCCCUCUGCUACAGCAAGAGCACCAAUUCCAGGUGGUGGAGCUACACCAACACCACAAGCACCUCCAAAUGGGCAGUCCAAGAUUGGUUCAUGCAUCUUCCUGUCCAAUGUGGCUAUCCUCUUCACCAUUCUUUUGCUGCUUUGA